CAACUCUCAAGUCUCAACAACAGAAUGACAAAUAGUAUGUUGAGCACCCAAAGUUUGUGAAAGAAGAAGGGUAAAAAUGUCAAAAAAGAAUGUUUGAAAACAAUAUAAAACUCAACCUCGUUGACCCUCAAAAAUAUACACAAUUGCGGCCCCUACGCCGUUGGCCUUGCCAAGCCCUAUUCUUCACUUUCUCUCUCCUCUCUCUAAAACCUCUUCACUAUUAAACACAGAAUUCACUCCUAAAUCAAAACCACUCUUCUUCUUACACAAAAAAACAAACCCAAAAACUUAAACAAAAGAAAAAACCCAUCUAAAUUAUUAAUCCAAAAUCCAAAUUUUUUUAAAAAAUAGUUUGCUUCCUUCUCAAAACAGAGACAGCCAGACAAAAGCAGCAGCAGCAGUUUUGCUCUGUUUUUUAGAGAGAAAGAAAAGAAAAAAAACAGAGCAAAUUUUGUAAUAAAAAUCAAAGAAACAAAAAAUGGAUGAUGAUGGGUUUUUGGUGAAAUUACUGGGUAUAAAACCCAUAAUUUUUACAUCAAUUAUGUUUGUUUUAGUACUAAGAAUAAUGGUGGUUUUAUGGUGGAGACCAAGAAAAUUAGAGUAUCAUUUUGCAAAACAGGGGAUCAAAGGACCUCCUUACAAUUUUUUCAUUGGUAAUGUCAAAGAAAUUGUUCAACUCAUGUUAAAGGCUUCUUCUCAUCCUAUGCCUUUUUCACACAACAUUCUUCCUAGAGUUUUCUCUUUCUACCAUCAUUGGAGGAAAAUUUAUGGUACAACAUUCAUAGUGUGGUUCGGACCCACGGCUCGCUUGACAGUCUCAGAUCCGGACCUUAUUAGAGAAAUCUUUAGUACCAAGUCCGAAUUCUAUGAGAAAAUCGAGGCUAACCCGCUUGUGAAACAACUCGAGGGAGAUGGACUUAUUAGCCUCAAGGGUGAAAAAUGGGCUCACCAUCGCAAAAUCAUAACACCCACCUUCCACAUGGAAAAUCUUAAGUUGUUGAUACCAAUGGUGGGAAAGAGUGUAGAGGAAAUGCUGGACAAGUGGGACCGGAUGAUGUGUGAGAAAGGUGAAGUUGAAAUUGAAGUUUCGGAGUGGUUUCAGGGUUUAACAGAGGAUGUGAUCACAAGAAUGGCAUUUGGAAGUAGCUAUGAACAAGGUAAAGCCAUUUUCAGGCUUCAAAGCCAUCAAAUGCUCCUUGCUGCUGAUGCCUUUCAGAAGGUUCUCAUUCCUGGCUAUAGAUUUCUACCAACAAAAGGGAAUGUGAAAUCAUGGAGAUUAGACAAGGAGAUAAGAAGAUCAUUAGUGAAGCUAAUUGAGAAGAGGAAAUUAGAGAAUCAAAAUCUUAAUAAUAAUAAUAAUGAUGAUUAUAAUAUUAUUAUGGGAAAUAAUAAUAUUGGAUCAGAGGAAGUAGCAGAAAAUGGUGGGCCAAAAGAUUUGCUGGGCCUAAUGAUCCAGGCUGGAAUGAGAGAGAAUGAAAAAAAUAACAGUAUUCCAGAAUUUCCCAUAAAUAAUUCUUCAUUAUUAUCAUCAUUAAAUUAUGCCCCACAAUUAUCAAGCACUAAUUAUAAUAAUAAUAAUAUUAAUAAUAAUAAAAUAACGGUCCAAGAUAUUGUGGAAGAGUGUAAAAGCUUCUUUUUUGCUGGGAAACAAACGACGUCGAAUCUGCUGACAUGGACCACUGUGCUACUAGCAAUGCAUCCUCAUUGGCAGGACCUGGCACGUGAGGAGGUCUUAAGGGUCUGCCCAUCACGUGACUUACCCUCUAAAGAUGAUCUUGCUAAGCUUAAGAUGUUGAGCAUGAUACUAAACGAGUCCCUUCGUUUAUACCCACCAGCAAUUGCAACAAUUAGACGAGCUAAGUAUGACGUGGAGCUAGGAGGAUGUCGGGUCCCACGUGGGACCGAGCUACUUGUCCCGAUCUUAGCCGUUCAUCAUGAUCAAGCAAUAUGGGGCAAUGAUGCUAAUGAAUUCAAUCCCAUGAGAUUUGCUGAUGGUGUUUCUCGUGCAGCCAAGCAUCCUGUGGCGUUCAUUCCUUUUGGCCUUGGAACUCGCACUUGUAUUGGCCAAAAUCUUGCUAUUCUUCAAGCUAAACUUGUGCUCACUAUCUUGUUACAACGCUUCUCUUUCACGCUUGCCCCGUCUUACCAACAUGCACCAACGGUGUUGAUGCUCCUCUACCCUCAACACGGUGCACCAAUCGUGUUUAGACGCUUGUCCGAGGACAAUAGGGAUGAUCGAGAGGUGUCAUGUUGAGUUGUAUAGUUAAAGAGUUAGCAUGUCUCCUUUAUGUAUGCUUGCUCGUGUGCGUUUUCUGUUCAUAUAGUAAUUAUCCAAUCGAUAAUUUUGUGAUUGUGGUAUUGAGUAUUACUAAUGAGUUUUCAAAAUUAGGUUAAAAUAUCAAAAUUCAAUCACUCGUCGUGAUUAAAAAAAUGGAAAGUUUUCGGUUGUGGUACGUGUUUACUAACAUGGAUUGCUUAGCAAAUGUAAUCUUGUGAUCUUGCCAAAAGGUUACAAGACAUUAGGUUGUAGCAUUUUGACUCCUUGCUUAGAUCUUUAGGAUUUGUUAUGGGAAUGUGGGAUAAUUAGGAAUUAGUUAAAAAUAUGUUGAUCAAGGGUUUCAACUUUGAAUGAUAUGCACAUUCUUUUAUUUGGUUAAACUCUAAAUGUACAAAAUGUAGAUU